ACUACGAGAGUGCAAAGACGUAAAUUUAUAAAAAAAGUUAAAAAAACGAAUAAAUUAACUUUAACAAAAAUAAUCGCUAAUUUUGCGAGAAAACUAGUGUUUUUUUUAAAAAAAAAAAGCUGGUUACGGCAAUUUAAAAAAAUUGAAAGCAUUCCGCGAUGAAAUUUUUUUUUAAACUUAUUGUGGUUAUUUUAUGGAGCGAUAGUUUAAAUAUCCAGGUUACUACAAUAAGAACUAGUGAAGAGUGCAAAGAUCAGAGUUGUAAUGGUUGCUUGAAAACUACUUGUUUGAAUGAUACUUUAAGAUGUGAUAAUAUUUUAUCAAAAUGUGUUUGUAAAAACUGUUGGAGAGGCAAACAUUGUGAUGUAUAUGAAAAUCUUUAUCUGCCACAUUUUAAAACACCAAACCAAUAUGUGUCUAUAAAGCGAGCUGAAAAAGUUGUUCUUCAAUUAAAUGCCGUUGACAGAGACAGCAAGAAAUGUGAAGAUAUUAAAAAAUGUCGAUGUGCUCAAGUUGUUUACAAGCUCAGUGAAAAUCCAUUUUUUAGUUUACUGGAUGAUAAAAUUAUUGUGAAAGAUAUUUCUAGUUUUCCUCUGCUUACUUAUUACCUUGAAGUUGUUGCAUUCAAUUUUCCAAGAUUUCGAAACCAUACGAUUAAUAGUUUGUCUAGUAAGCAAAGAAUUUUCAUUAGUGUUGUUGAUGAAGUUGAUCAAAUAAAACAGACAAGACUCCGUAGAUCUACAAAUAAUGAGAAUCAUGCUCCAGUUGCUGGCAGUAUUAGUUUAGCUGCUGUUCCCUAUCUUUCCAGCACUUAUUACUUUAACAUAGGAGACCUAAUAACUUUUCGUCUGUCUGCUACAUUUAAUGCUUCAUAUAAUAUUUCCAACAUUAAUAAUCUUCGUGUAUCUGUUAGCAGCCAAUGGUUAGAAUUGCAAGAACCAGUGGCAUUGAGUUUUACAUCAGCUGAUAAAGAUAAGGAUAGUUAUAUAUUUUCAUUGCAGUAUUUUUCUUCUGGCACCCUUUAUGGAAACAUAACAGGAAGAGUUAAGGAAAGUAUUGAACCUUUGAGUAGUUUAUUUUUGAAUCUAAAUGCUUUGUACAAUAAUCCUGAUGGAAAAUUAUUAUCGUCUCCAGUUUAUGAGUCACAUCCUGUUGUUUAUGGAGUUUUUCCAUUUGUGAAUCUUAUAAGGAACCAGUCUGGAAUAAUUAAAGUAUAUAGUGGAGUGCAGUUCAACAUGAACAUUUUGGUUCCACUACUUAACUUCACUUUGCUAGCAGAAAUAACAACAAACAUAGAAGAUUUUGUGUUUAUGAGCGUUUCUAAUGUUAAGCUAAGUACUGGUUUAAAUAUCAGGUAUAAUGGUAGUAGCAGUUUUGAUUUUUAUUCAUCCCAAGGCGAUUUGAAGUAUGAUAGAGCUUCAUUGGAUCUUGGUCUUAUUACGGUUUCCAGAAGCAGCUCUGCUAUUGAUAGAAUAAUCAACAUUAGUUUUUUACUAAAUGUUGAUGAUCAUUUAAAUAUUGUAAACGGUAGCACUCAUUUUUUGGGAAUUGGCAUUCAAACAGGAGCUAAUGUAUUGUGGGUAGAGCAACAAAGUAUUCAGAUUUUUAAGGUGGAGCCUGUACUAAAUGCACAGCUGAAAGUAAACUUUACAAAUAGUACUUAUGUUUAUAUUAAUGAUGUUUUAAAUAUAUCCUAUGAAAUUUUUCACACUUUAUCAUCAUUGAGUACUGCUCAUGAUAUUAAAGUUACUCUUUUGGUUCAACAUUUAUCUGCUGUAUCUGGACUAGUUAAGCAAAAUGAGACUUGUUAUACUGUACUUUUAAGUUCAACUAUAUUAUCAAUUGUUGACUCAUCUGUGGCAGGAAGUUUUUUAAUGAAAGCAACUAGCGAUAUUACUCCAAUGGUUAACUUUUCUAUAAGUAUGAUAGUUAAUUACAAAAAUGCCGGAGGUAUGCAAAAACCAAAAAUUAUAAAGUUUAUUAACUUAUUUACUGGAUCACCAUUAAUACAUUAUGAUUAUUUGUCUCCAAAAGUCACCUCAAGUUAUCUUUGUACUUUUGUGGUUGUAGUAUUGCUUAAUAAGCUCAAAUCAGAUUUGUUUUUUAAGUUUGAAAUUUCGAAGACAAAUUUUCCAGUUCUCAGUAUUCAUAAUGUGCGACUUGAAAGUGUUGGUUCAAAUAUCAUGGGAGUUAACAAAAAUGCUACACCUACAUAUAUAAGCAAUGUUAACAAAUUAUUUUUUGAUGUUGCUUUUUUUGAUCUUGGAACUGCUUUAAACACAAAUGAAAAAACAGAUAAUGUGCCAGAUAAUCAAAUUGUAAUCAAAUUUGAUACUAUUGCAAGUGAACAACUUAUUUCUUCAAAUGACAUAGAAUUAUGGGUAACGGCCAGUAUGAGACAUAAUGCAAUUGAAAUUUGGAAUCAAAAACUACCAGCAAACAAAUAUGUAAUAAAAAGUCUUAAACCUCACUUAAAAGUUUCUUUUAAAGCACUAUUUGAUGGAAGUACAUUAAAUGUUUCUCUUGGUAUUAGACAUUUAAAUGAUUCAACUCAGAGUGCACAAAAUGUUACAUUCGAAUAUUUUCUUCCACCUUUUUUUAUUUUUGACGCAGAAAAUCAAUUAAGUUACAUUCAGAGAACAAAUUUUUUAAAAUACAAGUUUAUGAAGGCAUUCACAUUUUCUGAUACCAUUAUUCACAGCUUCAAUGCUAAGCUUGAUGGUUUAAAAAUUUCAUCAUCUGAAUAUUUCGAUCUCCAGAUAUCUGUCAAAAUCACUUUUUUAAACUCUGCUGGUCAAAAAUGGAGUCAAUUUAAAACCUAUCAGCAAAAAAUAUUUGUUGGGCAUUAUCAAGGUUUAAUUCCAAAAGAUGAUAGGUCCCUAUCAGAAAGCUAUGGGCGUGGCAUUUAUUGGGAUGCAAGUAAUUCCCAUAUUUAUGUUUGCAUGAAUGACCAUGUUGUCAGUUCAAAGCCUGCUUGCUAUUUUUCAAAGAACAAAGGCGAAAAAUGGAUUGCUUUAGAUAUUACUAUAGGAUGUGUACUUGGUCAUCAUAAUUCAACUAAUGAGUUAUGUGCUAUCCAUCGCAACCAAAAAACCUAUUUAAAAUUUCAUAAAAUGCAUGAAAAGUGGCUUGCAUUAACUAAUGAAGAUUUUAAUGAAAAUGUUGCAAGAAAUCUUAAUAAAAGUCUACUAAAGAAAAUUAAUGGGAAUGUAGAGCAAGUAUAUAUUAUUGGAGAAAAUCAUUGGAUGGGAAAUGUUGAUGGUUUGUAUUUUCGAAAUUCGGUGAACGAUUCUUGGGUGCAACGAGUAAAAUGGAAGAAAUAAUAAAAUUUGAUAUGAUUUUAUGAAAUAUUGUUAUUGACUUUAUUAAAAUUACUAAAUAAAUACUUUUUUAAAUAUAUAA